UUUAUUUUGAUAAUCCACCUCUAUUUCAAAUUCUCUUUGCCUUUGCGAAGGAAGUAUAGAAAAAAAAUCUAACGAAAGUUGUGUAAAUGUAUUACAAAUUCGGGCAUAAUUCGCACUCCAGUACUUGCUAGGUGUACCUAUUUAAUAUGAAGAUGUUUUGAAAAUAAAUUAAUUCUUUCCAUAAAACCACACUAGAGACAAUGUGAAAGUGAAUAUAAAUGGAACCAUAACACAUAGUUACACUGGAAGCUCGGAUAGCUUGCAGUGUGUGUCGUUGUUUGAUAUUCACGUCCGUUUGCCACAGUACGUGACGAGCAGCAAUGGCAACAGAUGGCGCCAAAAACGCUUAGUUUGCUUUUCAUAACCUUUGAUAAUCUACGAUUUGGAUAUUUUAAAAUAUUUUUGUUUAUGAAAUAAAACUACCUAUUUAUUUUAACGGAUUAUAAUCGCGUAUAAUUGAAAAUAUAUCCCGACGAUUCGAACCCUUUGCAGUGUUCGUGGUCAACGGGAGACUAAGUAAAAAUAUGCAAAAUACAAAACAUUCAAAAAUAAUUCGAUCUAAUCCGUUAAUAGCAUAAUAGGUAAAAACAUUCUUAAAGUAAUUUAAAACCUUCGCUUUGCCUGAUCCGAUUCGUGAUCUGAGGCUGUCGCAUCUACUGCUCGAGGUUUCAUUCAUACCAUUUUUCUGUUCGACGGAGCUGGAAAGCGGCAACUUUGUUUAGCGCAGCGGGCCGAAAGUUAGCGAUUCUCGGCAGGAGGACAGAAAAAUAUUUUUUAAUACAAUUGCUCAGAAAGUGAAAGCCUUAGCGAAGUUGUUUUUGCGAACUAUAAUAGGGCUUUUUACAAGAUUUUAUUUAACUUGCCCUGUUAGAUUAGUGGGUGUGCUAUUUUGUUAGUGUGGGUCAACGUCCCAAUUUCCGAUUGAGCUGAAAAUUUGCAGACAUAUGUAAAUUGGAUAACAUUGCAAUAUUAUGACGAUGAUGAAGACAGGAGGUGGCCGUAUGAAUUCUUUGAUAAUGUUUUAUCAUAGAAUUCAUCAAGAAACAGCAAACAACCUUAUAUUCUUGUAGUUUGUAUUUUACCGUUCUGUUGCCAUGCAAGAUGUAUAGACGGACACGGACGGAUACGGAUAGACGUGGCGAAACUAUAAGGGUUCCUAGUAGACUACGGAACCCUAAAAAUGUCUCAAGACCCAUACAUAAUGACACAUUUUGCACACUUGCAAUAAAAUGUAUCUACUAAAUUUGCCGCCUUUUCCAUUGACAAAAUUGGUAAACCAGACUAUACCUAUUUCGACCUUUUUGACAUUCUAUGAAUAUUUUAUAUUCUUUAUUGAUUUAGUAUUUUAUGUUAGGAUUUUUACAAUGUAUUUUAUUUGAUUUUUAAAAGUAUACAUGUAAGAUAUACAAAAGCUGUAUUAGAUAGUUCAUUACAUAAAUGGUUGUCAACAAUUAUAUAGAAAGUUUGAUAGAAAGUCAAUCAAUCAAUUUUUCGUGUUAUGGCUCUAUCAAGGUGUUGAUGAUUCUGCCAAUGUCAGCAACUAACCUAAACAUGACGUGAACAUCGUGUCAUUUUAGUUUCCCAUCGUUUUUUGUGGCAGAUGUUUAUUUCGAUUUUUUAUUUUUACUUUUAUUCCAAAAUGUUUAAUUCGAAAUUAAAUAAAGACACGGGCAGAAAUUACUGUAACCGCGUACGUGUUGGUAAUUGGUAUGAAGAUACACUAUUGGAGGAGGUAAGGCUACUAGUUAUUAAAUAUGGCAUUUUUUGGUUAAAUAAUCGCAGCAACAGAUAUUGAUUCACGCACGAUUGACUGGAGCUGACACCGAAUGAAAUAUACGGAAUAAUUCACCGAUUAGUAACUACAAGAUUUUUACUUAAAAAGGUAUAUAUGUAGUUAGUUCUUAUAUUUCGUAAAAUCGGGAUAUAGGAGACAGAAUUAUGGCCCAAACGUAGACCAGCAGAACAUAAUGGACCUAUUGACAACUUUAGCUUCAGACUGACAUUACAGAUUUAUCAAAGAUCAUGUUGCCACUUUAGGGUUCCCUGUGGUCAGCAAGCGACAUCGACAGAAAAGGCAACUGUCUACGUGCAUGGGCUUAUACUGUGCACACAAAUUUGCUAGGGGAAGCGGGGUGGGGUGGCGGAGCGUGAAGAAUCUGGCUACUAGUCGAUGGAAUUUAUUCCUCGUUGAGAGAAAACUAACGAACCUAAACAUACCUGACGUGUAGGGUAAUUUUAGUAAGAAUUUAGGAAAUAAUUGUCCAUAUAAAACAGGGUUAUUUUAUUGCAAUUUUCUGUUUGAGCGAAGUUUAUUUCUCGGUGGUGCCAAUUCCCUAAGGUGCCGAUAAUUUUUAAACAACCUAAAUCUCGCACCAGCUUUUGUAACUUGAAGGUAAUUGUAAGUUUCAAAUAAGUAUUCAAUAUGCUAAGGUAUAUCUAUAGUAACUGUUGGGUCAUUUAAAUUUCAGUACAGAAUGAAUCCGUUUGACCUGGAGACUAUGAAAGAUGGUGACAUAAUGUUAGCGAGGUAUCGAAAAAUGAAUGAAAACCUCAAUGCGCCUACUAUUUUAACUCAGGCUAUCGGAACCAUUGCUUUUGGGGACACAAUUUCAUUGCUUGCACCCAAUGUGCCAGCAACUUACCCAGCAAAAGAAGAUUCCAAAGGCCUUCUACUGGGAGGUCGCCUUUCGUCCGAUGAAUUGUUGUUCUAUCGAGACCUACACGACGGUUGUUCACUGGCGGGUUUGCCUGAUCUUCAACCGAAAGCUAAAAGCACCUUCGUUAUUACCAGCGCCGAUUACUCUGACCGAAAGAGCGAACAUUUGAAAUAUAAUCAAGAGUUUCUCUUAACACUAUCCAAGUCAGUGGACAAAAAGCCAUUAUACGUGCGUUUCGACCCGAACCCGAUCCCAGGUCUGUGUGGCAAGUUCCCGCUAUACCUGAGCGAGAACUCCAUGUCCAACACGCGUUGGCGAGUGCUGCCGGUUCGGGCCCCAAAUAUAACGCGCUUCGAACAGGAAGGAAAACCGGUUCCAAUAAAUACGGAUAUUGUUAUAAAUCACUGCGCGACCAAUAUUAAUUUAGGCGUGGACGUCGACCAUUGGGUACAUGGAUUUUAUGAAGAAAUUUGGCCACCCCUAAUGAAAACCUGCUUAGACGUGUACGGGCGUGAACUACCUCAUAAUAUUUGGCAUAUUCAUGUCCCUGUCGCUUAAUGAACGGUCACUUUUCGUUUACAUUUAUAUUAUUAUUUUUUUAAUUUCUAUUUUUAUUACUUCUUGCCAUAUUAUUUUGUAUUAUCGUUCUUUUUUAUUUAUUUAUUUUCUUAAGUCAUGAUUUUUUUUAAAUAUGAAUAUGAUUUUUUUUAUAAAUACAAUACAGAAACAAGUAUAAUCGUUAUUUUUACUUUCCACCGACUUCAUAAAAGGAAGAAGUUAUCAAUUAUUUUUUGUGUGUACAUAUGUUACCUCGAAAGCCGUCAUUUCUGAUCCGAUUUGUCUCUCUGUCUGUCACAUCGCUAAAUAUUUCGAGAACCACUUAAGCUAUCGCUUUAAAAUUUGGAAUAGUUAUGAACAAGGCUAACCCAGACACAUUGAAAGUAUUCUAUUUAUAUUUUAUUUUUAUGCACUAUGGAAAAUUACCAAUAUGAAGAGGGGGCAAAAUUUCAAAGUCUAGUGACUUGGUCAAGUGGGGUAUCAUUUGAAAGAGCUCAAAUGGAACAUUCCAAAAUAAUUUAUUAUUAUUCUUUAUUAGUGGAAAAAAAAUGUAUGAAGGAAAAUGUGAAAAAAUACCAUUUAUCUCCGAAGUUUACCGAUGAAAAAUUAUGAUUUUUUUACAUCUCUUCAUAUUGGGCAUUUCCCAUAGUUAUUUAAAAAAAUAUAUAUACUUUCUAUGUGUCUGGUUUAGCGUUGUUCAUAACUAUUCCAUUUAAAAUCGAUAUUUUAAGUGGUUCUCGAGAUAUUUAGAGACGUGACAGACAGACAGACAGACGGACGGACAGUGUCGCACCAUAAGGGUUUCUUUUGUACCUUUUUGGUACGGAACCCUAAAAACCUGUAAGAAAUUUUGGUGAUACGUAAUAUAAUAUAGUUAACAGACAUACCUAAGUAAACGGUUUUGGGUUCACACGUUUUUGUAUGGAAUUGGCAAGCAUGUAAUUAUUUUAUUAAUUGAAUAUUACAGAAAUACGGCGCGCUACAUCUAAAAAAUACUUUUAUAAUUAAUUACUAAUUAAAGUACCUCCUUUGGAUAUAGUGCAAAAAUUUAGAGGAAGGUGAUUGUGACUAACAUUUGUUUUCGUUCGUUAUCGUCUCAUUUAAAAUACAGUAUUCGAUCUGAAGGCAUCAGACUUAUUGCGUCUACCUUCGAAACCAUGAAUAAGUCAUAUGCUUCGUUAUAAGAAUUGCUCUAAAAGUGUCAUGAAUAUCUUCGAAUGGAUUUGUCGCAAAUUCAAUCGUAUUUUUUGCAUUGUGAAUAUAAUUUACAGAGCUUGAGAAAUUUCAAGUGAUGAAAAAGAAUUUUAUUCUUAUAAGAUUACUUCUAAUUGUUACUAAUGACAGGGUGUAAUCAUUCGCAGCAUUCAGUCUUCUAAUUUGCGAAAACCGUAAGUCAGUCAAGCGAAAACAAAAAAAGUUGAGCCAGCGUUUUUGCGGAUAAAACUGUUUCUGAAAAACAGGAGCGUCAAACAAACGACAAGAGCUGGUUGUUUAACAAGCAUGUACCUAAUUGACAAUACACUAUUGAUAUAUACUUAACAUUUUGUAUAAUUUCCUAUUUUGUUAGCACAUAUUCCGUAAUUUUGAAUGCAAAAGUUUUAAAGUUUAAAAACUUUAAGUUUUUACCAUGAACGUAUAAGAUUCAUGUAAGAACAGAUAUUCAAAACAUUUUAUUUAUGUACGCCCUAAUUGAUGAACUGUAAUUGUUUUUAGAAGUAAAUACUAUAAUAAUGAGUUGACGUAAAUUGUUGGUGUAGUUUUGAUAAAAUACAUUGAGAUUUAAAGAUAUUUUACUUUCGUACUCGUAAGGUAAUCUUACACGUUUCAUUCCAAAGUUUAUGCAUGCAAAAAGCAUGUAUUUGCGAGGGAUUCGGGGCACCCAUGAAAUAAGCUUAUCCCGAAGGGAAACGAUAUUUUUAUACAAUAACUUCACUGAUUCCCUCAUGUCAUUUGACUCCCCAAUUUUGUGAAAUCAUCUAUCCCAUCAAAAACAUUUUCAUGUAAAAUGUUGCCAAGAUGAAACCAUAAGGCUCGCACUGUCAAAAAGUUGUGAUUUCUUGUAGAGUCAAGCUUCUAUCUACAAGCCUUAACUUAACUUACUUGAGCACCUUAGUGAAGAGUUGAACGCAACACAUUCCAAAACUGCAACCUCCGCCAAGCGCCCAAUACAAGACUAUACAAGGGGCGUCAAGGAAGGUGCUCCAGUUUGUUUGAGGCUGGUACCGACUCCAAAAAUAACAGAUUGUAAAUAUAUAAAUACGCAGAUUUGUGUGAUUGAUUUCAGAAAUAUGUAUAUAGUUCAUACUUUCUAGAUGUAAUUAAAUUGAUAUAAGCCUAGCGAUUGUAUUAGGUAUAUAGAAAGUGUAUAGAAAUCGAUUAUAAUUUUAAUUGUAGGGUAGGUAUUCACUUGCGUUAUUGAAGACAAAAUUAUUAUUUUUUUCUUUUCAGUGCGCUAUUGUUUUUUUUGUAGGUCGAUUCGUUUCGUGUUAGUGCCGGUUUUUUAUUGCCUUUUAGUUUUUUUUCGGCGGUUAUUUUUUUUUGUUAAAAAGUUUUUAUUAAUUGUACAGUCAAAAGAUUUAAUUUGUUCCCAUUUCGUAUCUUGUAACAGUGACAAUAGUAUGAAGUCUCGAGCGACUUCAUGUUAUUAAUUGUCACUGUGACAAGGUACUAAAUGGGUCACAAAUUAAAUCUUUUGACUGUACGUUAGGGGUUAGACAACACUUUACUAUAGGUAUGUCAAUUCUUUCACGUUAGGAUUGGUGAAUUCUUGUUGUUAUUUACGAUAGGCAAGCUAAUACUUUACAAAUAAUAAAUUAAAACGAAUAAAAGGUGUAGUUACAGCAAGUUUUUUCGUGUUUACCGAAUGUAGUAGUUUGUUUUAUUGACCAACAAGUACCUACCAUUAUUAUCCUGAUCGUUAAGCUGAAAAUAAUGAAGUAUUCCUCAGCGCUUAAUCUCCCAAACUCAAGUUAAGUAGAAGUGGUGGUCGGAGCUCGAUCGAUGGCUAGUUAAGGACUACACCGGCUUCGGAGAAACUUGUUCACAGGUUACCGGGGGUAAUUGGCUACAGAAUAAUUUGGAAUUAUUACAGCAGGUAGAUACUAUUUUACUGUAUUUACCUGUUAGUUGUUUGUAGCACUUACAACUAAACUUUAUCUAACAACAAAUCUAU